UAGGGGGCGCGGGCCUCCGCGGUUCCACCUGCGCGGAGGGGGCGGGAUGUCCGGGCCAGGUGUCCCGGCGCGCUGAGGCGCUCUCGCAGCCCGACCCUCCCGAGCCGGUUCUCGCCUUGACCCCGGGCUGCCUGGAGCCUCCGGCAGGGACGUGCUUGGCCGGGCGGCCCGGAGCAGCCGCGAUGGCCAGCACCAGGAGUAUCGAGCUGGAGCACUUUGAGGAACGGGACAAACGGCCGCGGCCGGGGUCGCGGAGAGGGGCGCCCAGCUCCUCCGCCGGCAGCAGCGGCUCGGGCCCCAAAGGCAACGGGCUCAUCCCCAGCCCGGCGCACAGCGCCCACUGCAGCUUCUACCGCACGCGGACCCUGCAGGCCCUGAGCUCGGAGAAGAAGGCCAAGAAGGCGCGCUUCUACCGGAAUGGGGACCGCUACUUCAAGGGCCUGGUGUUUGCCAUCUCCAGCGACCGCUUCCGGUCCUUCGACGCGCUGCUCAUGGAGCUCACCCGCUCCCUGUCGGACAACGUGAACCUGCCCCAGGGCGUCCGCACCAUCUACACCAUCGACGGCAGCCGGAAAGUCACCAGCCUGGACGAGCUGCUGGAAGGUGAGAGUUACGUGUGUGCAUCAAAUGAACCGUUUCGUAAAGUGGACUACACCAAAAACGUUAAUCCGAACUGGUCUGUGAACAUCAAGGGUGGGACCCCCCGAGCCUCGGCUCCCCCCUCCUCAGUGAAGAGUGAAGUGAAGGAAAGUAAAGAUUUCAUCAAGCCCAAAUUAGUGACUGUGAUUCGAAGUGGAGUGAAGCCUCGAAAAGCUGUGCGGAUCCUCCUGAAUAAGAAGACGGCUCACUCCUUCGAACAGGUCUUAACAGAUAUCACCGAAGCCAUUAAGCUGGAUUCAGGAGUGGUGAAGAGGCUCUGCACGCUGGACGGGAAGCAGGUUACUUGUCUGCAAGACUUUUUUGGUGAUGAUGAUGUGUUUAUUGCAUGUGGACCUGAAAAAUUCCGUUAUGCGCAAGAUGACUUUGUCCUGGAUCACAGUGAGUGCCGUGUCUUGAAGUCAUCUUAUUCUCGCUCCUCAGCUGUUAAAUAUUCCGGAUCCAAGAGCCCUGGGCCUUCUCGACGUAGCAAAUCACCAGCUUCAGUAAAGAGGGGUGGCCACUACUCCAGCGCCUACACCACAGCCAAAUCCCCAGUUAAUGGAACUCCCAGCAGCCAGCUUUCCACUCCUAAAUCGACGAAAUCCUCCAGCUCCUCUCCAACCAGCCCAGGAAGUUUCAGAGGAUUAAAGCAGGUUUCUGCGCAUGGCCGAUCUUCUUCCAAUGUCAACGGAGGGCCUGAAGUUGAUCGUUGCCUGAGUCCUGAAGGUGUGAAUGGAAACAGGUGCUCUGAGUCGUCGACUCUUCUUGAGAAAUACAAAAUUGGGAAAGUUAUUGGAGACGGCAAUUUUGCAGUCGUCAAAGAGUGCAUGGACAGGUCAACCGGAAAGGAGUUUGCCCUGAAGAUUAUAGACAAAGCCAAAUGUUGUGGAAAGGAACAUCUGAUUGAGAAUGAAGUGUCGAUCCUGCGCAGAGUGAAGCAUCCGAACAUCAUCAUGCUGAUUGAGGAGAUGGAGACGGCCACUGAGCUCUUCCUGGUGAUGGAACUGGUCAAGGGUGGAGAUCUCUUUGAUGCAAUUACCUCCUCAACCAAGUAUACGGAGAGGGACGGGAGCGCCAUGGUGUACAACCUGGCCAACGCCCUCCGGUACCUGCACGCCCUCAACAUCGUGCACCGGGACAUCAAGCCCGAGAACCUCCUGGUGUGUGAAUAUCCUGAUGGGACCAAGUCUCUGAAACUGGGAGACUUCGGGCUAGCCACUGUGGUGGAAGGCCCACUGUACACCGUCUGCGGCACCCCGACUUACGUGGCCCCCGAAAUCAUUGCUGAAACCGGCUAUGGCCUGAAGGUGGAUGUCUGGGCGGCCGGCGUGAUCACAUACAUACUGCUCUGUGGCUUCCCACCCUUCCGAAGUGAGAACAACCUCCAGGAGGAUCUCUUUGACCAGAUCUUGGCCGGGAAGCUGGAGUUCCCAGCCCCCUACUGGGACAACAUCACAGACUCGGCCAAGGAGUUAAUCAGUCAGAUGCUUCAGGUCAAUGUUGAAGCGCGGUGCACAGCAAGACAGAUCCUGAGCCACCCCUGGGUGUCCGAUGACGCCUCCCAGGAGAAUAAUAUGCAAGCUGAAGUAACAGGUAAACUCAAACAGCACUUUAAUAACGCGCUCCCCAAACAGAACAGCACGACCACCGGGGUCUCCGUUAUCAUGUUUGACUUGACAGUUUGAGAGACACUUCAGAGUUUCACUGUGUACCCCGCUGAGGCUCUGGGGACCCUGGAGCAGCAUUCUGGUAUUCACCGUGCUGUGCUUCCUCAGAGCGGCCUCUAAUUCUCAGCCCGUCUUAUCUGCAUGCUUUUCUCAGACCCUGACAGCAGCGUCCAGCUCUCAGCUUCUCAUGGGUGCAGGUCUCCUGUACCUACUGACACCCAUUUUGGCCAAACACACCCGUGAAAACUUUACUUAAAACUCUUCAGCUUGCCACAUCACCUUGCUUCCCAGACCAAAAGCUGGUGAGGGCACGGGAGGAGGGCGCCAGUCGUUCUCCUGCUGAAGGUUAUCUUUCACUGAGGUGCAAAUACGUAUCUUUUAGUGGAUGACAGCAUAAGAUGGGAGCCUUUGGGAAGGCUUUGGUUCUUUCUCCAAGUACAUUUGCAAGGAGGCCCUGUCAGGCUUUGGGAUAGGAGAAUCCUAGAGGAUAGGGUUUUGGUUUAAGUUGGGCCUGUGGUUUCGGAUUGCACUUGCAUUUGCUCUGACUUGUCCUGAGAGGCUUAAGGAAAGAGCCUGCACCUGCAAAGCAGCUCAGGGCCUGGCCCAGAAGAGGCCAUCUCGUGGUGGAAAAGAGAAUUAAUGAUAAGAAACCCCUUGUGGCUGCAUUUUGUAGCCUCGUAGCUGACUGGAGAAAGGGUGGAUUCAAAAGGAGUGCUUCCUCACUGGGGGGACUGUGCUCCUUUCAGGGGGACGUUGGGAAGGACUGGGGCUUAAUUUAAGUUAGACAAAACUGUUUCGACUGUGUUGCUUCUGUUGAAAGUAAGUCCAGUUUCUGUCCCCGCUUCUCUCCUCCCUCCUCGCGCCUCUCCCGCUGCCUGCAUUGCUUUCCUCUGGCUAGGUCCAAGGCGAUGGUAUGUACUAACCGCACCGCUCUGCUUCCUCCUGCUGCACACAUUCAUGCUCUUGCCGGGAAGAGAAGAGGAGAAAUAACCGUGGGGAUGGUGGUGUCUUUGGCCCAGGGGAGGCUUUUGGGUGGAAAACGGCGGAAGAAGCCUCUCUGCGCUUUCCGAGUUUUCCCUGAGGGGGUGGCCUGGCCUCUGCUCACACUAGGCGCUCCGAAGCUUGUUAAGGUGCAGGGCUGAGUUUCUGAUUUGGCUUUUCCCCAGUUACCUCUUCUCCAGGAAACGGAAAGUGCCCUUGGCAAUCACUGAGUGUUCAGGAAGGGCCUGUGGAGAACACCUGCCUUCCAGUCUGCACCAAGGGCCCCGCAGGCAGCCGCCCAAGGUCUAGGAAGCCGCCCAAGAUCUAGGAAGCCCCAUUUGUUCAUACUUUCUUCAGGCACUUUUUCCCCUCCUGGAGUCCUGGAAGACUCGAUGGUUCCUUUCCCCAUCAAGGUGGUUAGAUGACAAGGAAAGGACUUCUGGUCCACAUGCCUUUCAGCUAAAGGUGCUGAGAACUGAAAGAGCCCCGCGUUUGGAAAACGCGGUGAGAGGGCACCUGGCCUGGCCUCCCUGGCCGAGCAGCAGUCAUACCUGGUCAGAGGAGGAGGCAGGCGGGCCAGUCUCCCUCCAGGCUAGGGUCAGAGGGCAGGGGACAUCUGUGCCCCUGGAGCAGGGGAAAGUGAGCCUGCUAGUCGCUCAGCCAUUUCCUACUCUUCCUGACCCCAUGGUCUGUCGCCAACUAGGCUCCUCCAUCCAUGGAAUUCUCCAGGCAAUAACACUGAAGUGGGCUGCAAUGCUCUUCUCCUGGGGAUCUUCCCUACCCAGGGAUUGAACCCUGGUCUCCUACAUUACAGGCAGAUUUUUUUUUAACCCUCUGAGCCACCAGGGGGAGCAGGUCACAACCCUUGGGGGUGUGAAGACACCCCACAGGAAGAGAAGGCCAGGGAGGAGCUGCUGGAGGGUGGAAAGAUGGGCGAUGUUACACCCUGCAUUCCCAGGCUUUUCAUAAAUUGCUGGCCGCCACUGCGGCGGUGGUUUCGGGGCG